GAAGCUGUGUCUGCUGGUGUAUUCUGUUUUUUUUUUUUUAUAAAAGAGAGGGAGUUUUCUCAUUUCUUGUGCUUCUGUAGCUGGCAUUAGCUCCUUGAAGGAGGGGAGGGAGAGACAGAAAGAGAGCAUGCAUGGGGCGGGCCCAGUGAUUUGGGAUUUCUGCCUCUUUCUCUCGAGUGGAUUGUCAGAGUAGCUACCUCGCUGCCAAAGAGAAGGAGAGAAAGGGAUCAGAGGAAGGAGAAGAGUGCCCAGAAAAGAAAAUACGUGGAAGAGAGAUCAAAAGAGGGAGAGUAAGGAGCACACAGCUCAGAAUAGGAAAGAAGACAAGGGAGGAGAGAAAUCAAAAUACAGGAACAGCAGCAGUGUGUGUCAUCCGCUGUGGAGGAGCACUGGAAGCACGCUGACUCUGUGUGAGUGAGAAUACUGUGCUCUGGGGUGAAGGAUAUCGCAUGAUUCAGGUUUUUUGGGUGCAUGUGUUCAGCCAUGUUGACACUGGGACCUCUGCUCCUCUUGGUCCAUUUGGGGAGCAUUCUGAUAGGAGCCUGGAGACCUUCACAACCACGCCUGCAAUUCACCCACAAAGAACUUGUGCAGAAUGGGCGUCUGCUGGCCCUGCCCAUCCCUGCCGGGGAUUUGUACGCUCUGCUACCAGAUGAAGACACUCGGCGUCUCUAUGGUGCCAUGAAGGACCAGCUGCUGGUUACCAGCCUGGAUGACAUCACGCAUUCCCCACGCCAGCUCUACUGGCCGGCCAGCCCAGACAGGAUCCAAGAGUGUCUGAUGGCUGGUAAAGAUCCUGAAUAUGAGUGUGCGAACUUCCUGCGGGUGCUGGAGCUCUAUAACCACACCCACCUGUAUAUCUGUGGCACAGGGGCCUUCAACCCUCGUUGUGCGUUCAUCCCUACCACAGUCUUCCUCGAGGGUGAAAGGCAGGUCUUGUUGCCAGAGCAGACAGAUUGUGGGAAGGGAAAGUGCCCAUAUGAUCCCCACCAGAGGACAGCUACAGCCGUUAUUGAUGGAGAACUAUAUUCUGGCAUUUCUUCUGAUUUCAUGAGUCGAGAUUCAGCUUUUUUCCGCAGCCUGGGUACCCGUCAUGUCAUCCGCUCUGAGCAAUACGACUCCACCUGGCUUCAGGAUGCCCAGUUUAUAAAGGUGGCCUCAGUGGCAGAGAGUGACAACCCGGAGGAUGAUAAGGUGUACAUAUUCUUCACUGAGCAUGCUCAGGAAGCAGAAGGGGCUGCUGGGAAAGUGAUAUACUCCAGAGUUGCCCGUGUCUGCAAGAAUGAUAUUGGAGGACAGCGGAGUCUAGUGAAUAAGUGGAGUACCUUCCUGAAGGCCCGCAUGGUGUGCUCCAUUCCUGGGGCUGAUGGCGUUCACACUCACUUUGACCAGCUGCAGGACAUCUUCAUCCUGCAUGGGAAGGAUAAGACCAAUCCACUCAUCUAUGGCCUCUUCACAACAUCAAGUGAUGUGCUGAACGGUUCUGCGGUUUGCGUGUAUCGGAUGCAGGAUGUGGCCAGGGUCUUCAAAGGCCACUUUGCUCACAAGGAGGGUCCAGAGUACAAGUGGGCGGAGUUUACGGGCAGGGUGCCCUUCCCCCGUCCUGGCACAUGUCCAAGUCGCACAUAUGGCAACUACCGCUCCACUCGUGAGUAUCCUGAUGAUGUCAUCUUCUUCAGCCGAACCCAUCCGCUUAUGAUGGAGGCAGUUUACCCUGUGGAAGAGCGCCCUCUGCUGGUCCGGGUGGGGGUACAAUACAAGUUCUCUCGGCUGCUAGUAGACCGGGUCGAGGCUGUGGAUGGCCAGUACGACGUCAUGUUCAUCGGCACAGACUCAGGGCUGGUGCUGAAGUCUAUCCACCUCCCCAAGAAGUCUGGUGAUGGCAGUGAGGUCACUCUGGAGCAGCUCCAGGUGUUUGAGGGCAGGUCUGCUAUCACUGCGAUGACUCUAUCAAAGAAAAGGUGGCUGUUUGUGGGCUCUAAGGAGGGUGUGGCCCAGCUGGCUCUGUUCCAGUGUGAGCUGUAUGGCCAGGCCUGUGCUGAGUGCUGUCUUGCCCGGGACCCGUACUGCACUUGGGAUGGCCAUGCCUGUAGCCCCUUCAUUCCCAUUGCACGCAGGAGGAAUGCUCGUCAAGUUGGUGAUGCUGGAGACCCACUGACCCAAUGUGUCAAACAAGGAGCUGGUUUGCAGGUGGAGGCAGAGGAGAAGGUGAUGGUGGUUGCCGAGGGAAACAGCACAUAUCUAGAGUGCCUACCCAAGUCGCAACAUGCAGCCAUUACUUGGUUCAGAGAAGAGAGGGGGGGUAGUCACAAGCUGCACCAGGUGAAGUCAGAAGAACAGCUGGUGGUGAUUGACAGGGGCGUUCUGAUUCGGCGGGCGGAGCCAGGGCACUCGGGGACGUACCACUGUCAGUUGGAGGAGCACGGGUUCAGCUGGACGGCCGUGACGGUGCAGCUGAGAGUGCUGAGCUCCAGCUCAGGGAGCUCAUGGUCAAUGGCCGAUCAGCAGCACUGUGAGCAGCAGGGCCGUCGCCGCUAUAGAAACAAGAAUCGCAAGAGAAUGGAUGGAGCUGAAAACAAUAGCCAGGGGCACAGAAGACCAGGAGGAGGCAUCAGAGGAGGAGGAGGAGAAGAAGGAGGAGCAGCAAAAGUGGAAAGAGGAGGAGGAGGGAGGAAAAGCAGAAGCAAACCACAGCCCCUAGCCCAGAGGUCCCCACGAAGCAUCUAGAAAAACAGGCACGGACACAUACACACAAACUCAUAAAAACAGAUCCACAACACACACACACACACACACAUAUACACACACAUUCACACAAAUAGUGGAGGACAGAAUAUAUUCUGAGGACAGUAUAUGUGUUCUGUCUCUGUAGAGCAUAAAGAUGGAUUGGGUCUGAAGAUAUUUGUACCCAAAGUACUGUGCAUCUGCAUGCAUGUGUGUGGGGGUCUAGUGUGUCUGCAGUGAAGAACUGGGGUUUUAUCUCAGUAUCUGGAUAAGUGUCUGAAUCCCGAGGGGUAUAUCUGAAGGACUCUGUAGAUUGGUCCAGUAAAUUCCAGGAUAUUUCCCUGAUAGAAUGGAAUUCUUUAAAGGAUUUAUCUUAAAAUUAGAAUAUAUGAAGCUAAUUUCUUAUGUGUUAAAAAACAAAUACAAGAACACCAGUUCCUCAUGUGACGGCCAUUUUGUUAGCAUUUUCCCCCCUUAUUUCAAGGUCAUUGUAUAUAGUUUUAACGGUAAUGGUUUCUCAAACAUCGACUAUACUGAAACAAAAAAAAUCCCAUCAAUAAAAAAGUGGACAUUAUACCGUACAAUUAUGUGAAUUGUACUGAUGCUUCACUUUGUUUUGAUACACAAUGAUUUAAAAAAAUA